GUUGGUUUUGUCAAAUAUUUUUUUACAACCAUAAUCUAUUGUUCUAUUUGUUGUCCUCCAAUACAUCCAGUAAAUGGCACAAAAAUCUGCCAGACGGUUUGUGAGAACAUUUUGGAUCAAUAGAGGUAGACAUUGUUCUAACCCCCCUUCUCUGGGGGUUGUGCUUUGAGUCUUUGGAGGACCGACCCCGAGUGUUCAAUAACACAGCAGGGAAAAUAGUCAGCAAAGAGAAUGUGUUGAGAAAAGCCAGAGGAAUUAAGUCACAAAUUAUACGUUAGCCGUCUCACAUUCGUAACAGAAAUCCCACCAGCUGACAUGGAGAGUAGAUAAUACAUCGUUUCUUCUGCGUAAAAUACUUCUCCUCGAGGCAGCAUUUUGAUGCCUGGGUAGAGGAUUGCAUUGGUCCGAAGAGCGUUGGACUUACACUCAUUAUCAGGGAACAGAAAAGGCUGUUGGAAUAAGUCACUUGCCCACACACAUGAGUGCUGUGUUCCCCUUGCGCUGGGCUGAGCGCCAUGCCUGACCGGGACAGCGCCUACCUCUCAGGCGGUUGCAGCAGCGGUGGGUUGGGUACUAGUGUGGGCGAGGAAGGCGUGCCGGGGUCUGGUUUAGGAGGGGGCGCAGGAGAGGGCCGAGGGGGAUCAGUGGGAGGUGGAGGCAGUGGCUCUGGUUCUGGGGGCAUGGGUGGAGUAGGGGCCUUGGGAAAUGGGAACAACUGUGGGGGAGGUGGAGCAGGGGGCCCGGCCCCGGAUGGGGUCUGCAGGGACUUUCUGAGGAACGUGUGUAAGAGAGGCAAACGCUGCCGCUUCAAACACCCAGACUUCAAUGAGGUGCCGGACCUCGGGGUGCAGAAGAAUGAGUUUGUCUUCUGCCACGACCACCAGAACAAGGAGUGCGUCCGCUCCAACUGCCGCUUCGUCCACGGCUCCAAGGAGGAUGAGGACUACUAUAAGAAGUCAGGGGAGUUGCCCCUCAGGCUGAGGGGGAAAGUGGCUGCAGGACUGGGCCUGUCCCCGAUGGACCUCCCACACAGCCGAGGGGAGGUCCCCAUCUGCAGGGACUUCCUAAAGGGAGAAUGCCAGCGGGGCAACAAGUGCAAGUUCCGCCACGUCAAGAAGGACUAUGAGUAUGAGCAAGCCAGGGUGGGUGCCGGGGUCGUGAUGGGCCCGGGGUCCAGUGGGAUGGUGAACACAGGCGGGGGGGGAGGAGGUGUUGGGGUGGGUGCUUGUGGGGGCAUGGCCGGACUGGUUGGGGGUGGAGGUGGGGGUAACAUGAUGGGGAUGGGCUGUCCCAGCCUGGGAGGCUGCAGAGAUCCAGGUAUAUCAGGGGUGGGGGAGUAGGGGUAGGUGGAUGGGGGUUGCCUCUCCAUGGCCUCAGGACAGCGUCGUUUUGACAGGGGAACUUGCUCGGUGUACGACUCCCUGUUUGAGAGUGGUCUGUAUGAGACAGGGCCCCUGGAGUCCCCUUUGGACCACACAAUGCUGCAGCUGAAGAGACGCAGGCUGGAGGGGCUCCGGCUGGAUGGGAACGGAGGGGGGCACUAUGAGCUGGGGAUGCAGGCGGCCCUCCCGCCUCGGCCCCUGGAGUACAGAUUUCUGGAGGAGGAGAACGCCCUGCUGAGGAGGAGAGUGGAGGAAUUGAAGAAACAGGUGUCUAACCUCAUGGCCACUAACGAGGUGCUGCUGGAACAGAAUGCCCAGUUCCGGAGCCAGACUAAGGUGUCGGUGAUGACCCUGUCCUCCACCCCAGCCCCCUCUGAGCAGACCUUGGCUCCCCCUGUGGGUGCGGUCAGCUCCUACAACCACAGCAUCGCCCAGACCCAUACCACCCUGAGCAGCGCCGGGCUGCAGCCUCGUACCGUCACCCUCACCCAACAGGACCUAGUGGCCCCCACUGGUGCCCCUACAGUACCCCCAUCCAACACUGCCCCACCCAGUGCUCCCCUGCCCCACCUCAACCCCGAGAUCACCCCGCUCUCGGCCGCCCUGGCUCAGACCAUCGUCCAGGGCAUGGUGCCUCCUGUUUCCAUGGCACCUGUGACUGUUUCUGUGGCACCGGUGGCUGUAUCAAUGGCACAGCCUCUACCUUGCAUCACUAUAAGCCACGCCACCACCCCAAUGGUGUCCUACCCUAUUGCCAGCCAGAGCAUGAGGAUCACCACCAUACCUCACUGAUGCACUCUCUGGCAAACUCUGUAGAACUCUCCCAUGGAACUAGAGAUGGGGAUGGUAUGCAGAAUGCAUCUUUCAAGUUUCAAUUGUCCCACAGCAGCUGACUGACUCGAGGGGCAAAGUUGUGGGGGAACCCUAAUGCCCACACGCCAUAGGCAAAGAAAAGGCUAACUUUGAUAGGAUGAUUCCGCCACACACACCCUGCUCUGUGGCAGCGUUACAAAGUCAGGUGGUCCUCUGAGGUGACCUCCGACCUUGUCAAAGGUUGGUGUGCCAAACGGCCUUCUUCAAACACAGGCAGCAAAAAUAACGACAAACUGAAGAUAUGUCAGUCAUGGCGAUAUUCAGUUUUCUCACACAUUUGACUGAUGUCUUGAUUACCAGGGGAUUGUGACAUUUCAGUUAGCUUCUGUUAUUGUUUGUGGAUUUUUAAUGUGUAAUGUUGAAAUUUUACAUUGCACACAUUUAAUGGAAUAACAACCACAAGAAAAUGCAUCUCCUGUUGUUUUAUUGCUAAUGAAUUAAGUUAUCCUGAGUAAUGUUAUUGUGUGAGGAUAUGGUUGACUGACAGACCAUCAGAUACAUUUUUCAGUGCUUGAUGCAUUGGUAUCUUUACCCUAGAUUUAAUGCUCAAGCCUAAACUCAGCUGAGAGCCUACACACAAACAAACGCAAGUCAAUCAUGAAGGGAAUAGGUAAGCUUGGAAAAGAAACACCUUUAAUAAACAUGUUAUGGAUCAUU